AUAUUUUGACAUUUCUCUUCACGCGACGAACGUCGUAAAGCACGUCGUUGCAAAAUAUUUUUAUUUUCUUACAAUGGCAAAAUCACUCAGAAGCCGUUGGAAGCGAAAAUGCCGUGCGAUAAAACGCGAAAGGUACGCAGUGAAAGAACUGGCGCGCUUAAAAAAGAUGCUCGGGGUUAAGGAAGAAGAAAAAACAGACGCUGAAAAAGAGGUUAUGGAAACUGACCAAGUGAUAUUCCUUGACGCUGGUGAAAUAAAAAAAAAUAAAAACAAAAAGGCGGCCAAGGUGGUAGAACCUGCGGAAAUGGACGAAGAUGCUGAAAUGAGUUCUGAUGAUGAAAAUGUGGAAGUCGUCGCUGACAGUGGUAAAAAAAGGAUAUUUAGUACAAAAACUUUGAAGGACCAGAAUGGACAGUAUCCGGUUUGGCUGCACAAAAGGAAAAUCGCGAAGAUCAAUAAAGUGUCAAAGAAGAAUAUAAAAAAGAGAUCUAAGAAACGUAAACGAUAACCUUAAUAAAUAUGUUUAAAAAA